AUGUCGUCUCUGCUGCGCUCGCCGGCCACCUGCCGCGCUCUCUCGGCGGUCUCAACGAGAGGACCACAGGGGGCUUCCUUCCGCCAUGCCCCUUCGGUGGCAGCCCCCGCCUUCGGAGGAGAGUGGGGAGCCACCGUUCGCCGAGGUCUCGCGUUCCCGACCUUGCCGCGCCGCCACCUCGGCGGACCUCCUCUGCCCGGCGUCGAAGCCACUACUCCUUCCCCCGCCCAGAUUGAUCUGAAGCUACAGCAAGCUAAAGAAGUUGAGCAGCUAGUUCAGAAGAGUGUUGAUGAACUUAUUGAAUUGUACACAGAAAUGCGGACUAGAGACCAUGGUUAUUUUGAGAGGUUUUUGAGUAAGUGCGGGAUUCCAAGAAGCAAAUUUCGUGAUGAUUUCGUUUUCGGGUGUAAACUUGCAGCUAUAUUUGCUGCGUCUGGAGUGAUCCCUUAUCUGUUACCCGUGAUAUGAAUUGGUUAUGUCGUCAAUGGGCUGUCAGAAAAACAUAAAACUGUGUAACGAACUUGGAACUGUCUGUACUUUAGGAUUGGGUUAAAUUAAAUAUGUCCGGCUGUUUGUCUUUGUAUUCGCUGGCACUGUUAUUUAACCGACUUAAGUUGUUUGUACCCCUGGGCAUGCUGAAUGGAAAAUGGUUGUGUUAAA